CUCUGCAGGGCUGCGGCUCUCCAGGACCGGAGUUUGCCACCGCUGGUAUAUAGGCACACAUUCUUGUCAGUUAACUAAAGGUAGUCAAAUUAGUCAGAUACAAACAGGUUCUUUGGCAUCCUCUCAGCCUCAAAAAAAAAAACACACCCAGACUCAUGAAAUCAAAAUGGACAAUUCUUAAUUAAUUGUAAUGAACAUUGCAGCAAUUACCAAAUGACAACGAUCCAGUCAAUUCCCUUGUGGACAAAAUUGAGUCUUGUCCUACCUUUUUUUCUUAUUCAAGAAGCUGUUUCAUUUGGAUAUGUCACAAUAGGGGAGUAAAGACCCCAAUUUCCAUUUCAUGACAUAUGAGUUUAUUUGCAUAAGUAUGGUUUGUGCCAACCCCCCAAAAAUGUUGUGCAGUGAGUUAUUAGAAAACAACAAACCAGCUGAGAUGUGUGAUCAGGGUGUGGAGGACGUGUUUGUGUUCUGUACCAGAGGAGAGCUGAUGCGCUACAGGGUGCCCUGUCUGUUAGAGGUUUAUUCUCUGAAUGGACUCAGAGUGCACCACCUCCCCUUCCCGGACGGGGGCGCCCCAGAGCUUUCGCAAUGCAGCUGCAUUCUAGAAGAACUGCAGGACUGCCUGCAGAAUCAGCGCAGGACUGUCAUACAUUGUUAUGGAGGCCUGGGACGCUCAGGGUUAAUUGCUGCAUGUUUGCUGCUGCAGCUCUCUGUCUCCAUGACACCCAGUGCUGCUCUGGAGAUCCUGAGGGAGCUGAGAGGAGGUGGAGCCAUUCAGACCGUCAAGCAAUACAACUUCCUUCAUGAGUUUCGGGAGAAGUUUGAAGCAUAUCAAGAAACCAAAGAGCGACUUUCAGAGAGAUCAGUGUCCCGAUGAUCAACCUGACAUCCAGAUGAUGUAAAAGCAGAAAAAAAGACAAAUUACUUUGAUUGGUGUUUUUGCUCUGUGGAUUUUUUUCUACUUUGAUUAUGAAUGCAUUUGUUUCUUUUCUGAUGGCACUUUAAAAAUUCUGUAUUUUUAAGUCAAUCUAAUAAUAUUGUGCUUAAUAUAUAACUUUAACUUUGCAAUUAAAUGGGUCUUGUUCAGUAAGUGAGUCUUAAAGGUGCAGCAAGUGAUUUCUGAGACACGCUGUUGAAAAUUGUAAUCAACACCCAAACAAACAAUUUUGUGAAUAUUUUCUAUCUGUUUUUUAUAUGUAUGUUGAAACAGAUUGUUUGUGUAUAGUCCUGGCUGUGUAAACAAGGGAGAAACGUGGAUCAGACCGAGCACCAUAACACUCUUGUAGCCAAUCAGCAAUAGGGGCGUUUACGCUCAUGAUGGGGAGGAGAGAGCCUGAGCAAGCUGGAGAUUUGUCUAGACUGUAGAAAGAGAGAUGGCUGAUGCAUUCCCAAGAGAAAAAUGUCACAAGAAUAUAAUUAAAAGAAGGCUUACAAUCAGGCAAACUCUAGGACCUGCGUUAAUAUGGGGAAAGCUUUCGGCGCCGAGGUUGCUAUGUUUUCUCUCGGUACACGAGUAACAUUGGUUUUACUAUAUUUCACAAAACCAAGACAUGCUGUUGCAAUAUUAUCUAUAGCGCUGCUGGUGCUUGGCUAUUACAAAAAGCAUUUCAUAACUGGCUAUUACAGCUAUGAUGAAAACAUCCGUUUCGGCAGACACUGUCUUGAUAAACCAUCUGUUAUAGUUGUAUGUGUUGCAUGGUGUGUUCAUGAAUUUUUGUCGAUUUCAGACAGUUUCUUAGAAAUCGGUUAGCGCCUAAACACGUAAUGUCUGCAUUAUAUCGUGCAUUGUCUGCAUUAAUCCUGCCCAGUCGAUCAAAUUGAGAGAAAUGUUUAUUUUUGUGUCUGGGAAACCAUAUAUUGCUUAUGUGAGUACCGGUGAUUUGGAUGGUGGAUUAAGUUAUUAUGCAGCUGUUGGCAAUCAUUCCUGGGAAUUUUCUUUUCAAAGUGGUCAUUAGUAAGGAAAUUUAUAAAGUUUGCAACAAUUACGUUACCUAUGAAGUGAACCAAGGUAACAUGAACCAAACCUUUAAUUUAAACAGAGAAACACAAAUAGUCAUACAAUCAAAACAGCUCAAAUGCUGUCGUGAAUGAUGAAAAAUAUUUUUUCAUAUACUUCAUAUUUGCCACAUGAUAAUACUUUUUGAUAAACUAUGACUAAUAUCCAGAAGUAAGCCUAUGGGCGAGACUUCCGGUUCAACAGCGUGCAGUAAACGGUGAAACUGUUUGUAGUACAAACCAGUGUGUUAAGAUAACGCAUUACAAUAAUAUGCUAAGACACACCAAUCUGCAAUGUCAAGCAACAAAACAAGCUGUUUUGUACAGCUAAAAAUAGCUGGACG